AUGCCGGAUCGCCUGCGCCGUGCCACAGAGAAACUCAAGAUUUUGACCAAAAUGCGACCCUGGCCACCACAUCGUUCGAGGAAGAGACAGCCGGAGAAAGGUUCCAGUCGCUGUCAUCUUAUGGAAUUACCUACGGAGCUGCUCCUGGAAAUCAUCUCGCAUCUCACACUGCUGCCAGAAGCAGCGCUGGCGCUUACUUGCAAGCGCAUGUUUGCAAUAUCUGGAGAGAUCCUCGCCUCCAAGUCCCUCCGAUUCAGUCGUGACUUUGCGCCCUUGUUCCACCACUACCGCAACGGACACAAUUACGUCACGCCAAGAUGGCAGUUCCUCACCCUGCUAGAGAACAGCAGAUGGCGUUUAUGCUCGAAGUGCCUGAAACUCCAUCCUCGAGCCGCAUUUUUGCCCCGAGAGUUGCGACGCAAAUCAGACAAUCGAACCUGCAAUAUCGGAGACUUGGCAGGGAUUGUCGACCUGUGCCCGUGCAAGAAGUUGACAUUCCGGGACAAGAUGGACCUAGUGGACCAUCUGCGCGUGCGGCAGAUCACUCUCGCGGCCCUCCAAUCCCAGUUCGGCAAUUCAGUCACAGACCGAUAUUGCUGGCACUCAUGCACCGAGCAGUACGGGCCAACAGAGCUUAAAGUAGCUUUGUUUCCCGAAAUCAACGAGGAGAACCAACUGGUCAUUCGCACUGAGUACCAUCUCACGACAGAGCCGGGCCAGGUCGGCAAGGAGGAAUGCAUGACGCCGCGUUUCGGGUGUGCUCACCGAUCUGUGGACCUAUGGCUCUCGAGCGUGCAUCAAACCACCAUCUGCCGGUUAUACGAUUCAUUCUGCAGCUCCUGCAGACGCAUUUCUGUCUGCAGUGCCUGCAACACGACGUUGAAGUGUCCUCGCAAGCAACCGCUCAACACGGACAAGUCCGGCAAGCUGGCGACCUAUUCUUUCUGGACGCAGAGAUCUCUUGGAAGCAUUUCAUCUUUUCCGGACCAGGACUGGGCUAUUCAAAGAAUCCACCCCGCUGAGCCGUCCAUAAGCGUGGACAACUGUAAUGAACUUUGCCCGUGGACUGUCCGGGAGCAUCCCCCGCUUACUUUUGCGCCCAGUCUGGACCAGGAGAUUAUUGAUCCUGCCGUGAAUGAUCAGACUAUGUCCCAGCUGUAUUCGUCGAUUCGCAUGAUAUAA